AUGUUCUUUGAUCUCCGUCUCCAUCCAUUUCAAGUUAUCCUCGAUGAACUCGGCGAGCUCAUCGCAGAAAUGUUUGGCACCGUCACACGCCCCGAGAUGCUAGCCAACGCGAAUUCGCUGUUUCGACUAGGUGCCGAUCCAACGUUUGAGCGACGAUUCACGGGUCCCUUGCAAUUGCAGCAGGAUUUCCAAUGGCGUGCUGGAUGGGGUGUUUUGAAGGCGAAUAUGUUAUUUGUAUACAAUAAAUCAGAAGAAGAGACGUCAUCAACCCCUCCAUUCCUUCUUCUUAUCAUUGAAGACUGUUUUAUUGAGCUGUGUGAUGAGAAUAAGAUUGGAAAGGAUUUUACGUUUGAAAUUAAAUUUAAAUCAACCGCCCGUAGCUUCAUAUUCGCCGCCGACAACUUCAAAUCGCUCGGACAAUGGGUGUCACUACUAACAAUAACUCCAAUCGAUUAUAUUCAAUUAUCAAAACAAAGUUUCAUUGAACAAAUCGAACAGACGCAGAAAAAGGCGAUCGAGAACAAAAAAUGA